AUGUCUCUGAGUGCGAGUGCGGAAAAUUUAACAUCAGAAGGGCAAAAUAGUGAAAGGUGGAAUAUGUGCCUUGAAUUGGCGCUUGAGGGUGAACGUCUGUGUAAGGCUGGAGAUUGUAAAUCUGGGGUAGCAUUCUUUCAAGCUGCAAUUCAAGCUGGUACAGAUGACUUAAGGAUCUUAAGUGCAAUUUACAGCCAAUUAGGAAAUGCUUAUUUUUACCUUGGAGACUAUGUGAAAGCAAUGCAAUAUCAUAAAUUGGAUUUGACAUUAGCACGUAACAUGGGAGACAAAUUAGGAGAAGCAAAGUCUAGUGGAAACUUGGGAAAUACAUUGAAAGUCAUGGGAAAGUUUGAUGAGGCUAUGAUUUGUUGCAAGAGACACUUGGAAAUUUCAAGAGAAAUUGGAGACAAGCUAAGCGAAGGAAGAGCUUUAUACAAUUUGGGGAAUGUCUAUCAUGCUAAAGGUAAACAGGCGGGUAGAGUAGGUCAUCAAGAUCCUGGGGAAUUUUCUGAGGAUGUCAGACAAUGUUUACAACAAGCUGUACACUAUUAUGAAGAAAACUUAGAAUUAAUGAAGGAAUUGGAAGAUUCUGCUGCUCAAGGUAGAGCUUGUGGAAAUUUAGGAAAUACAUUUUAUCUUCUUGGCGAUUUUCAACAAGCAAUUUAUUAUCACAAUGAAAGAUUAAAGAUUGCCAGAGAAUUCGGUGAUAAAGCUGCUGAGAGGAGGGCAAACAGUAAUCUAGGAAAUUCACAUAUAUUUCUUGGUGAAUUUGAGAAAGCUGCACAACAUUAUAAGAGAACUCUCGUCCUUGCACAAGAGUUAGGAGAUAGAGAAGUAGAAGCACAGGCAUGCUAUUCCCUAGGAAAUACGUAUACUCUAUUGCGAGAUUAUCCGACUGCAAUAGAAUACCAUUUGUGGCACCUUGAAAUAGCACAACAGCUUAAAGAUCGUGUAGGUGAAGGCCGUGCCUGCUGGUCUUUGGGAAACGCAUAUGCUGCAAUGGGUAACCAUGAAAAAGCACUACAUUAUGCCAAUCUACAUCUAACCAUUUCCAAAGAAUUGGAAGAUCCAAUGGGACAAGCUACUGCACAAAUGAAUGUCGAUGAUUUACAAAAGAUUCUGGGUUUGGAAAAAGGGCAGCAAGAGAAUAAUAAAGAAAAUAUUGCACAAAAACUAUCGACCAAUACUGGUGCAAAUGUUAAUAUAUCUUCACCAUGUAGAUAUAGACUUAGACGACAAAGCAUGGAUAAUCUCGAUCUCAUUAAGCUCACACCGGACGCAAAACUAAAAGAGCAAGCUGAAUCUCAAAUAGAUAAAAGUAAUAACACAACACCACAACUUACUCAAAAAGAAGAAGAUAGUUUCUUUGAUCUUCUAUCUCGUUUUCAAUCUGGUAGAAUGGAUGAUCAACGUUGUGCAUUGAAUAUAAAUCGCAAUCCUAAGUUUAGAACGAUAACACCUGAGGUUUGCGAGUCGGAAGAUAAGGAUGGAGAAGAUUUACUAGAACUGAUUGCUGGAAUGCAAAGUAAAAGAAUGGAUGAGCAACGAGUGACGCUGCCUUACUUACCUGGCCUAAACAGUAAUCAAGAUUCCGACGAUUCCUUUAUCGAGAUGUUGGUUAGGUGCCAGGGUUCGCGUUUAGAAGAUCAGCGGAGCCCUUUACCAGCAGCAUCAACGGUGCACGAUGCUGAAGAGGAACACAACCAAAGAUCUAAUGGGACUACUCAAGCAGGGUCGACAGUGCCUGAGGAGGAUCUUUUCGCUUUAAUACAAAGACUUCAGGCCGGACGAAUGGAAGAUCAAAGAGCCUCUGGUCCUGGCAAAACCUGUUAAAGCAUUAAUAUAUAUAAUUGUGGGAAAUCUCAUGGUAAUGAACCUGCUUGAAAUUCUACGAUUCGUUCCACGCAAUUUCUCGUUGUCUUCUUUUAUGAUUUACGAAACAAUCAAUGCUUAAUUUAUGGAUUCCGCUCAUAGCCUAUGAAAUCAUUGUACAAGUAUGAUUCAGACUUUAGGAAACUACAAGGUACUAUUAUACCGUCCACUGACAUUGGUUCUUCACUUUAUACGUAGAACAACGUAACGAUACCGUAUUGUUACGAUCACAGCAUACUGAUUUUGCUAAGCUGAAAAAACUUUUUUUAGCUGCUUGAGUAUCCAUAGUAUGGUGCCAAAUUCUGUAUAUACGAACCUAUGUUGUUCGUGUAACCAAUCAGGAAAUGUUGCACGACAUUAAAUAGAAAAUAACUUUGUAUUAAUAUUUUUGAGAUGCAAGAGUAUUUGUUUUUUAGCUGCGAUUAGAAAGUGACUAAAUAAUUCACGAUAAAAAAAUUAAAUUGAUAACAUUAUAAACACUGCCAGGUUGAGUGUUUGAGUCAUGUAUUUCUUCAAAGAACUUAAAAUGUUAGUCAUGAGCACGGAACGAUGAAGAUUUAUCAAUCCUGGCAUUAUUUUUUCCAUAUUCAGUAUUGUAUAAUUAGAUAUCAAUUAUUUUCGUGAAUUGCGAGGUACUACGUGAUAAAAUUGGUGCCAAAAAGAAUUGAUCUGUUGGAAUCUGAAUAUAUAAUAUAAAAAAGAAAGAAGAAAUUGUUGGUCUUCGUUGUUUGUCUAUUUUUCUGUAUUCACUGUUUUCCCUAUUAUAUAUUGAUAAAUGCAUGUGAAUUAAUCGAAGUUUGUAACACGUAUAAUUAUAAUAAUUUAUAACCAAUGUUACCACUUCUAUUAAUUAUAUGAUGUUGUAACCAGCUUCCGUCUUUCAUCUAUACUCUGCACAUUCCAAUUAGAUGGAGUGUUAAUGGUGUAUCUGUGGAUAGACUGGAUCGACCAUGAUCAUCUUUAAUUCCAAUAGUACCUAACUACAAAACUCUAUAUGGAUAUUCCAUCUUAAAACUUUCAAACAGACUUAAUUAUGCGUAAGAGAAUUCAAUUUAUAAGGAUUCUCAAACUUACAAUUUGAUACGAUCCACUGUAUCAUCCUGAUCUCGUUGUGUUCUAAGAACUUUAAAAAGACAAAUACUUGGAUAAUACAUUUAUUAAAAGAGGAACGUAUUGAACAUUCCAUUAAAUAUUCCAUAUUAUAUUUAUAACCUUUAAAGAUAUCUUACCGAUAAAUAACCUAAUGUAAAUCCCACGCGUUGUUUGUUUCUGGAUAUGCGGUAGGAAGAUUAUUAGAAAUAAAACGCUUCAAGGAUCUAGAGGAGAAAACAAGGAGAAGAUUGGAACAAUGCCUUAAUAAGUUUAUGUAAUUCUAUCGACCUACUAUGCGUGUAUGUGUACUUUGAGGCUAAACCGUUUCAUGCCUACUUAUUAUACAUGUGUACUAAAAUCUAAACUUAACUAUGAAAGCGAAUAUAAAAUUAAGCCGAGCCUGGUCAAGCGACUAUAAAACUAUGUUCGAGUAUUGUUGGAGAAGAAAAUUAUUAGUGUCAUGUAAAAGGAAGGACGAGAACUAAUUGUAAUUCCUGUAUGUAUGAAUUAUAGUAUUAUUUUUCUUGUUGUUAAGAAAAUUGUGUAACUAUAUGAACUUGAAACGAAAAGUGAGUUAAAGAACAAAAAAAAAAAAGAAAAAAAAGAAGAAAUUCGUUUUAAUGGUGUAAACGUACAAACUCAUCGUUCAUAACUGUUAUCAUUGAAAGAA